UUUAGUUUUAGUUUCCUUCUGUGGGUUUUGCACACUUGGUGAAAGCACUAUGUUUUUCUUUAUCUUUAUUGCGUGGAUAGGAAAGCCUGUGAACGCUGCCUGUCCAUUAGAACUUAGCCCUCCUAGAGUUGUGGUGAGAUUCGGAGACUCCUUAUCAGCAAAUUGCACCUCAUCAUCUGACCAGAUUGAAGGAAUGGGCUGGGAGUCUCCAUAUGGAGGAGUGGACCUUACCCAGGGUGCCACUUCUCUUCCCUUUAAAAUUGACUCUGUGCCAGACUGGGAGAUAGGACCAAUGUGUUAUAUGAAUUCCCGUGAUGGUGAUCAGUGUACAAAAGCGUUACUGGUCACUGUUUAUAAAAUGCCAGACAGUGUGUCUUUGAAGAAUUUACGUACAGUGGAAGAAGGCCAACAGUUUGUCAUACAGUGUGACAUUGUUAAUGUUGCACCAGCAAGAAAUCUCUCUGUGCUUUGGCACAAAGGAAAUAAGAUCUUAAAUUCUGAGACAUUUGAUGAGUCCAGUCCAUCUCCAGUCAGUAAGUCAUCUGUCCUCACUCUGACUGCUCAUAGAGAUGAUGAUGGAGCUGAGAUCUGGUGUGAAGCAAAGCUGAACUUGUGGCCAGAGGAACAAGAUCCUCCUGCAGUGCGUUCAGAGGCGCAUACUCUGACUGUACUCUACCCACCAACCUUUAUCAGCGCUUCAGAUGAGACUCUGGACUUUCCAGCUGGUAAAAGUAUGACUUUAAAUUGCAAUGCUACAGGAAACCCUUUGCCAUCAUACCACUGGCGAUUCCUACAAGCAGCACGAGAGACGUACAAUAAUCAAGAUGAGAAUUAUCCAGUUUUAACUCGACCAUUUGAGUUUCCAGGAAUCUAUACCUGCACCGCCUCAAACACACAGGGCAUUGCAACUAAACACUUCACAGUCAGCGAAUCUCCAUACCCACCAGCCUUCAUCGAUCCUUUAAAUGAGACUCUUGAACUUUCAGUUGGUGAAAAAAUGACCUUAAAUUGCAAUGCUACAGGAAACCCUUUGCCAUCAUACCACUGGCGAUUCCUACAAGCAGCACAAGAGACGUACAAGAAUCAAGAUGAGAAUUAUCCAGUUUUAACUCGACCAUUUAAGUUUCCAGGAAUCUAUACCUGCACCGCCUCAAACACACAGGGCACUGUAACCAAAUACUUCACAGUCAGCGAAUCUCCAUACCCACCAGCCUUCAUCGAUCCUUUAAAUGAGACUCUUGAACUUUCAGCUGGUGAAAGUAUGACUUUAAAUUGCAACGCUACAGGAAACCCUUUGCCAUCAUACCACUGGCGAUUCCUACAAGCAGCACAAGAGACGUACAAGAAUCAAAAUGAGAAUUAUCCAGUUUUAACUCGACCAUUUGAGUUUCCAGGAAUCUAUAUCUGCACCGCCUCAAACACACAGGGCAUUGCAACUAAACACUUCACAGUCCGCGAAUCUCCAUACCCACCAGCCUUCAUCGAUCCUUCAGAUGAGACUCUGGACUUUCCAGCUGGUAAAAGUAUGACUUUAAAUUGCAACGCUACAGGAAACCCUUUGCCAUCAUACCACUGGCAAUUCCUACAAGCAGCACGAGAGACGUACAAGAAUCAAGAUGAGAAUUAUCCAGUUUUAACUCGACCAUUUGAGUUUCCAGGCAUCUAUACCUGCACCGCCUCAAACACCCAGGGCACUGUAACCAAACACUUCACAGUCAGCGAAUCUCCAUACCCACCAGCCUUCAUCGAUCCUUCAAGUGAGACUCUUGAACUUUCAGCUGGUGAAAGUAUGACUUUAAAUUGCAAUGCUACAGGAAACCCUUUGCCAUCAUACCACUGGCAAUUCCUACAAGCAGCACAAGAGACGUACAAGAAUCAAAAUGAGAAUUAUCCAGUUUUAACUCGACCAUUUGAGUUUCCAGGAAUCUAUACCUGCACCGCCUCAAACAGCCAGGGCACUGUGACUAAAUACUUCACAGUCAACAAACCUCCAGGUAUUGGUUCCGGGGUCAUUGCUGGGAUCGCUGUAUUCGCUGUACUUGCUGUUAUCUUUUUUGGGGCAUUGAUUUAUUACAAAUCUAAAAGCUGA